GCCUUGUAUUUAAUUUUCAAAUAUCAUUUAUUGAUGAAUUAGUUUAUACUUUAAUCCUGUCAAAAUUAUGAAUAAACGUGAAAAGUCAACAAAAAAGUAUAGUGUACAGAAAGGAAAGAAAGAAACUGGUCGGUCAGAGGAAGCUUCAAUCAAAAAGAAUAUGAAAGUUGAUGUAGGAAAUGAUUCACCUCAACAUUCUUAUGAUACACGUGUUUCUGGACAUAGUACACCAAUUUUAAAAAAGGAAUAUGUAUAUGACAUAGAAGAUUCUCCUGAAAUUGAUUAUCGUUACAGUCCAAUUUCACUUCCUUGCACUCAAGAUGGGGGUAAUGAGAUUUCUUGGGAUUGGCAGACAACAAGUAGUAAAAAUUCAUACAGUAAUAAACCACAAAGCAACCUCAAUGAAACUCCCAAAAGAACUAAACAAUUACAGAAAAAACGAAAUUCUUUUUCUCCCUUAUUGCAAAAACCACUUAAAAGGAAACAGAUAAAGAUGGAAAAUAUAGAAAAUAUUGGAAAACUAACAGCUGAAUUGAAAGCAUUAUCAGAGAGAAUGAAAGAUAUGCAACAAAACUGUAACAAUCAUGUCACUGAGAAUAGAGAUACUAGAGAAUGUGAAUCUGAAAAUAAGCUAUUGAUAGGAUUGGAUACUGAAAUUAAUGAUGAUAUAAUGAUACAAAUUGUUGACAAUCACAAAUCUAAUGUAGAUACAAUUGCUAUUAAUAAUAAUAUCAAAAAAAGUUCAAGUUAUGAGGAUUUAUUUGAUGAUUCAAUUGAUGAUUCAAUGGUGAGGUGCAGUCAAGAAAUUGAAGAAAAAUUAAAUUUGUGUAAAAGUACAGAAAAUGAGACUACGGUAGUAAAUAUAGUAAGUGACAAGAAAGAAAAAGAGUUUCACUUUUUAACAUCUAUCAAUUCUACUGGAAGUUCCAGAAGUAUUAAUACUUCUAAAAAUUCUUCAAGCGACACAAGCAGCCAACUAAAAACAUAUUCAAAUAAUUCAAGUAAAAACUCAGCUUCAAGUUUUUCAAUUUCCAAUUUAAAAAAUACAAGUCUACAGAAAGGUUCCUCUAAAAAUAAUGUUAUACAUACAGCAAAUAAAAAAUUACAAGAGACAAAGAUGUCAGAUUUUCCGGAUGAUUCUUUUGAUGAUUGUUUAGCAACUUUCGUCGAAGAUGACAAAUUAUUAACUAAAUUGUCGGAGUAUGAUUUUAAUGCUCCAAAUUCAGGUCCAAACUCGAGUCAUUCCAAAAAGAAAGGAACUGUUCCUUCAAGGAAUAAACAAUCUUCAAACAGUAAUCUCUCAAAAGCAGUAGUAGAUACUGUAUAUAAUAUCGAAUCAAAUUAUACAGAAUCUAAGUUGAUUGCUGAUGAUCUGGUAGGGGAAUUCGAAUUUAUAACUGAUAAAGAAACAGUACAAAAAUCUUUCCCCGGUAAAACUUCUCUAGAAAACAGGAAGUUCUUUAAAACAAAAAGCUUAUCAGAUCAGUGGUGUUAUCAGAGUAGAAACUGUAAUUUAAAUAAUAAGACAAAUAAAACUUCAAAUAUUGUUGUACCAAGUCCAAAACAAUAUCAGUUGUAUUCAAAUUGUUCAGUAAGUACUACUUAUUCUGUUACCACAAGUCAAAAUUCUUACAAACCUAAUACACUUGCAUCAAUUAACGGCACGGAAAAUGCGCAUGCACUUGACAGACUGGAAGGAAAAGAAGAUGGAAAUUGUAUUGUUAAAUACAAAUCUACUAGCAAUUUAAAUAGCAUAAAAGAAGUGAAAGAAUCGUUGUCGGUACAAUGCACCCCGGAAGAGAUAGAACGAAAAAGGCGGGAAGCAAAGAUGAGACUAGAGGCGAAACGAAAACUGCAGCAAAGUGGUCGAAUGGCCAGUGCUACAUCAGAAGUCCCGAUAAAGAGAUCUGUUAAAAGGUGAUAGACUAACAGUGUUGAGUAAAAUGAGUUAAUGAAACUAUAUUUUACGAUA